UUGCACCAAAUCUAGUCUUGCUGCUGCCUGUCCGUUUCACUUCCUGGAGGCGACAUGGGAAGGUUGACUUUUUAUGUCCUUUGGUCCCUGCGUGAUGCCCCCCGCCAGUUCAUCAGCAAAUCCAAUGGAAGUUGCUUUCAAGUCCACAUCCCGCUGCCUCUCCCCAAACACCUGGUCAUCUUUGGUCUCGGAGAAUGGAAACACAGCGAGACUACAAUCUCAGUAGAUGUCCUGGUGAGUGCAGAAGUACCGGCCCAGAAAAUCGGGACUCUUUCAGCUCAAGUGAGGUGUUUGACCUGGGAGGGUGACUGGAGCACUGACAUCGUCACAGUGGCAGCAGAGAGAGGCAGGAGAGGAGUUUAUGGCAAGAUCAUUCUCACAGUGUGUGGAGAGACUUGUGACCAGCCACAAGAUGAAGCCGCUGUCAUCAGCAGGUCAACUCUGGUUCAAAGGGAAUGUCUGUUCCCAGAACAGCAGGAUGCCACUGAUCUCUCCUGCACGUUACACCAAAGCGCUGGAAAUGAAACAAUAACUCCCAACUCCUCACACUUGGGUGAUAGUGUUUGCGACGCUGACGUUCAAGUGAAUAGACUUGACACCAGCGAUUGUACGACUGGAAAGAAACCCCCAGUUUGGCCUACGGAUAAGACACCCAGACGGACUGUAAUUAGUAAGAGAGGCCGCCUGACAUGGAGCUCUGAGGACAUGGACAGUCUCACACAGGACAGAGACCAGGCUUCAACCCCCAAGAAAAUGAGGCUGUCCAGAAUGAACAGCAGAGAGGAAUUGACUGUGCAGAUAAAGAUGGAGAACAGAGUUUCAGUGUCUCCAUCAAAGCGCUGGAGCCAUACGAUGUGUCUGAGUGACCCUGACACCGCCAUCCUCAUUGGAGGGGAGACAGGCGAUCAAAACUACUGCAAGGACUCCCUGUGGAAGCUCGAGUUAGACAAUGACUUCUGGUUCCCCAUGAACUCCUCUGUCUCUGGACCUGGGCCACCAUGCGCCCGAGGACACUCUGCGACCUAUGACCCAGACUCUAAGUCCGUCUUUGUGUACGGUGGCCUGAGGGAGGGCCAGCGCUACAGCGAGCUGUACGUCCUAGAUACCCUGACCUGGAAGUGGAAGCUUAUUACGGCGAAAGGGAAUGUUCCACAUUUGGCAUAUCAUUCUGCUGCCUUUUACAAGAAAGAGCUUUUUGUCUUCGGUGGAGUUCAGCCAGGCCAUUCUUCGGUGGAUAAAUCCUGCAGUAAUGCUCUGUACAUCUUUAACCCAGAGUUUGAACUCUGGUACCAGCCGAUUGUGGAAGGGGACAAACCUCUGCCUCGCUUUGGACACUCGGCCACACUGAUGUCACAGAAAUUGAUAAUAUUUGGUGGACGGAAGACGGCUACUUACCUUAAUGACGUCCAUGUUCUGGAUCUGGGAUUCAUGGAAUACACAGCUGUGAAGUAUGGGAACAUGCCACCCCUGCCUCGAGGGUUUCAUGCAGCUCUACCAGUUUCAGACAACAGGAUUUUAGUCAGUGGAGGUUGCAGUGCUAUUGGAGCUCUGCAAGACGUACAUAUUUUCAAUACUGACACAAACCUGUGGAGCCCAGUGGUGUGUCCUAUGCUCUGCUCAAAGCCUCGUGCAGGACACAGCAUGAUAAACUUGGGCUGCUCCAUCCUGACGGAUGCAGAGAAGCAUGAAAAGGGUGAAAAUGUCCUCUGCACAUUGCUGGUGUUUGGUGGAUCAGACUGCUCCGGUACCUUCUACAACGACACGGUCAAGUGCACAGCGGAGAUUCCUCGGGACAAGCGAUGAGGAUUCAUCCAGGACAAUUGUUUUUAGCUUUUCUUUUUAAAAAGGGAGGAUUCUGUGAUCUGCCCUGACAGAAAAAUAACUGUAAAAGUCGUGAUGGUAGUUUGUCUUUUUAAUUUGUGCAUGAUGUAUUCUGCAGCUCAGACAUGCAUGGCUGCUUCCUUUUUAUUCCAAUCUUUUUAAUCAGUUACACUGGCAAGAGUUCAGAGGUUUUUCCACUUUGCAUAACAAAUCUCUGAUCACAUUAUUCUGUCCUCUUCCUUGUCCUACACAUGUCAGUAUUUAUUUGAGGGUAAAGCAAAUAUGUUCAUCAAAAAGCAAAUAAAUAUUUUUAAUUAAGUUUUCUUGUUAUUGAAAGUAACAACACUCAAACGUGGGAUCUUUUCCAAAGCGUUUUAUUUCAAAUGUACAAAGU